AUGGGGCCACCUGUUUCUUCCUUACAAUCUUUGUCUGCUGUGGCAGAAAGGGUACCCAUCAUUCUUCAUCAAGGCUGUGCACAAGAAGAUGAGUUUUGUCGAAUGGCAGAUCUUCAAAACACCACAGACAAAUACUUUGUGUGUACCCUCUAUCCAGAGGCACAGAUUUGUGAUGGCAGCAUUGAUCAAAUACCAGAAAACUGUCGAACCGUGCUACCCUGGCAACCACAGACACUGUAUCAUAAAAUAGUCACUCUAAAAAGUUCCGUGAAGAGCUUCUACACACGUGUACCAUUCCAGAAAGUAACAGGGAUCUCAGUGAGGAAUAAGACUGACAUGAGCAGAAAAGCUGUUUCAGAUGGCUUUUUUGAAUGUGAGCGUUGGUGUGAUGCUGACCCCUGUUGCACGGGAUUUGGCUUUUUUAAUGACUCCCAGUUAUCAGGUGGAAAGAUCAUGUGCCUGACUCUGAACAACCUAGGAAUCCAAACGUGUGCUGAGGAAACAAGAAGUGCUUGGCAAGUUUCAAAUUGUAGUUCACCAGAUGCUGAAGUCAGAAUACACCCGUUUGGCUGGUAUCAAAAACCUGCUGACAUGAAGAACACCAUGCCUAACCUGUGUCCACCUGUUAGUUUACCUCUGAGACCAGAAAGUGAGUAUUUGGAUAUAUGGCAACCCUUAAAUCUGUCCUCUGUUCUUAUGGAUUCAUCCAUCUCAAAUUUUGAAGUUGUGCAAGUCAAGAACAUGUCAGUGUUGCUGUUCUUCCACAAUGGAGAGAGUUACAAUGCUAAGACAGGAAAGACAACCAUAGAUGGAUCAUACCUAGCUGCCGUCAGUAACGUCAUUGUCGUGAUGGCAAACUACCGGGUCGGUGUUUUUGGCUUCCUUAGUACUGAUUCUCGUGAGGUGAGUGGAAACGCUGGCCUUUUGGACCAAUUAGCAGCUUUGAAGUGGGUGCAGCAGAACAUCGCUAGCUUUGGAGGAGAUCCAAGCCAGGUUUCUUUAGGAGCUGACCGCGGUGGGGCAGAUGUUACCAGCAUUCACCUGCUCACAGAGACAGCGGAUAUGAACCUCUUCAGGAGGGUGUUGUUGAUGGUACAACAGGUUAGUUUCCAUUCCAUAAAUAUGGUUGUUGAUCAGCAGUUUUUUGACUCUGAAACAGAUGAGCCAAACAUCCGCAUGUUUAAAGUAUCCAAUCUUUUUAUCUGA